CGUAAUAACACACACACACACACACACACACACUACCUACGUACUAUCUCAACGCUCACCAGCCAGCACCACGUGGUCCUGCAGACAUGUUAUCUACGUCCAGCUCAUUUUAUCAGUCACGGUGAUAGCCAACCACGUCUCGAAAUCAAGGUUUUAUAUGAAACGUUGAACUAAAUUGCAUUGCAUAAUUACCAUGCGUAAUUUAUAGAUUGGUGUUUGAAGCAUGAUGUUGCUGAACGUUAGUGAUGCUGUUCUUGGUCAAUCCCGCGCAGGUUAUUCGCUUUAAGGUCAAGGGGCAGUAAUGAUGUAUAUUUAAAAAGUACCCGUCGACGCAUGAAUAGUGGUGUGGUGCACUCGUUUGUACCUCGGCACACAGGCUGCCUUGCCGAGCCACAGCAGGCUCGCCGCGAGCACCAGUCCGAGAGAAAUUUUAGCUGGGAGAGGACGUGUGGUACACCGCUUCCUCAGCCUUUAUUUAGCUCUGUUGCGCAGUACAUUAAAGCACUUAAGUCGUCUAGCAACUAGUCGCACGCAGAUAUGGUGUGAGUUUGGACUUGUAGUUUUGCUUGGUCACUUCUUAUCCAAUACCGCUCCAACUUCCGCUAUCGGCCACGCAUGAAGUCUCCGCCUGUUGCUGCUGACCACAACCCUAAAUACUCACGGUCUCCUUGAUGUCAUCAACUGAAGUAUAUGACUCAUUCAGACAUGGUGGAGGGCGUGUCGGACAGCGGCUGGCACGCCACCCUGACGCGGGGGCUGAACGAGGCGUGGCAGACCAGACUAUUCACUGACCUCGUCAUCAGGACUCAGGACCAGGUCAUUCAUGCUCACAAGAUUAUUCUCGCAGCAGCAUCACCUUACUUCAGAGCCAUGUUGUCCGCCGGCCUGGUGGAGGGGCAGACGCAGACCCUCGCGCUGGAGGACGUAUCGGGAAAUGUGCUCAACACAGUGCUCACUUUCGUCUACACAGGCCGCGCUUCCCUCACAGAGCACAAUGUCCAAGAGGUGCUCACUCUGGCAGACUACUUUCAGAUACAUUCCUUGAAAAAACUGUGUUGCUACUAUCUCAAAACCCACCUGGUGUCCCGCACCUGUCUCGGUGUAUAUGAAGUGGCGGCCCUUCACAGGUGCAAUGAUCUGGCUGCCGAGGCUCUGGCACUGGCCGCCUCUCAGUGUUCUGAGGUGCUCGCCCAGCCAGACUUCCUUUCUCUGCAACCCGAGACUCUAAUUACGCUACUCAAACAGCCUUACCUCAGUGUGGAAACUGAGGAAACAAUCUUUAAGGGUGUAGUGGACUGGGUUUCCAAAAAUCCAGCUGAGCGGCAGAAAUGGCUGCCUGUUCUGAUUGAGAACAUCGACCUGGAAUUCCUCAAGUCCAACAGGAACAAGUGGUUGGCUGUGCUGAAGGAGAAGCAGCUCUUAGAAGACCUUAAGAAUGUUAUAGAUCCUGCUGUGGUGGAAUGUAAUGGCGACCAUGAGGAUUGUGAAAACCAGUACCUACAGAAGACGAUAAGACACAGUACCACGGAAGAGGUGUUGCUGGUGAUGGGAGGAGAGUCCAACGGGCGGCUGCUGCGGAACACCGAGUGCUUCGCGGUGGGUUACUCGUCGUGGCGGUGCAGCAUUCCCGAGGUGGCGAGGAGACCCAACAGCCACUACCAUCAACUGCAGGUGCUGCCUCCCAUGCAGCAUGCACGAGCUUACUGUGCUGUGGCUACUCAACAGAACAUGGUGUACGUUCUCGGAGGACAAACUACCAAAACCUUCUUGGCAUCGUGUGAGUGUUACAAUGUUCUGAGCAACAGUUGGCAUCACCUGAAUGACCUGCCAGAGGCCAUGCAUGGCUCAGGGGCUGCCUUCCUUGACGGCAGUCUCUAUCUGGCUGGAGGGAAGUCUCAGGAGCGUUAUCAUUCAGGACUCUGGGUCUACAAUGAGUACAAAGACACAUGGUCAAGUCGUGGCUCCAUGGGGCUUGGUAGGGCACACUUUGGUCUGGCAGCAUUGCAUGGCUCCCUGUAUGCUGUUGGUGGUGUGGGCUGGGCAAAGGGAGGGAGUCAGAUCUUGGACUCCUGUGAAAAGUAUGAUCCAGGAGCAGAUGUCUGGGUUCCUAUUGCCUCACUGGGCCAGGCACGGGCCUACCUAGGUGUGGCAGUGAUCCAUGACCACCUCUAUGCUAUAGGAGGCUACAAUGGCUCACAGUGGCUCAACUGCGUGGAAAGAUAUGAUCCUCUCAGAGAUCAGUGGACUUCAGUGUCUCCCAUGAUCAGCGCGCGGAGCAGCUUUGGGGUGACGGUCAGCCAUGGAAGGAUCUACUGCCUGGGAGGCUUCAGUGGAGAAUCAAACCUAAACUCAGUGGAGAAGUACAAUCCUCGCACCAACAUGUGGCAUUGUGUCCAGUCCAUGCAGCUGCGGCGGUAUGGCUUGGUGGCGGCAACUGUUAGUGUUCCAGGAGCACUGAGGUGAUGGCUGCUGUAUGCUCAUGUGUGAAGAUCCUCUAGUAUCCCAAGCUAUGAAAAUGCCAUUGUGUUUCAGUAUCAAGAAGCUGGAUUUGUUUGUAAAGGCUGCUUUGCAUUCAUGAGUUGCUCAUGUAUUAAUGUCCUAUAGUGUCUCAAGAUGUGAAAACACAGUAAAAUCUCAAUGUUUGAAAGGGUUGUUUUGCAUUCAGCAAUUGCUCACUGAUGACAGCUGUAUGUUGUCUUACAGUCUCAAGCUAUAAAAUAAUAUUACCAGAGUGCAUGGUGCUUUUCUGAUUUCAAAUUACACACUUUCAAUGUGAUGUGACAGACUGUAAUAUGAACUCAAUUUAUGAGGGCAAUACUUGAUAAAUGAAACCUAAUCUUCCAUAUAUGUGAGCAAUAAGCAUUGUAAUUUGUUGAAGCUAGAAAUAUUUGCAGAAGGAAUGGCAGUAUGGAAAUUUAAUGGUGUAGCAAACCAGUGUUCUGUGAGUUAUAAUGACAUUCUUCUAAUUGAGUAAUGAAGACAUGCCAAAGUGAAUGUUUUCUUGCUAACAGACCAAUCAUAAUGUUCAACACAAACAUUUAUAUACUCCAUGAAAGCUUCUGUGUUGUGUAGCAUGUGAGUGUAUCAGAUUCUGUACCUGUGUCCUUGUGUGGUGGUGUAGUGGAAGUGAUGCCAUAUAGUAUGUAUAUAUAUUACCUCCUGAAUGAUAAACCUCAUGCAGUGUU